AUGAAUCAGUUAGUGGGUGGAUACUAUUAUAAUGCUGUUCAACAACAAGAAGAGAUAAACUAACAAUGGAGGAUCAGAACAACAACUUUACUCUAGGUGCUGAUAUCAAUGGCCCCCUACUAGCAGCAGUUAUCAGUAUAGAGAUGAUAGGAGGACUCAUUGCUAACUCAUUUGUACUCAUACUGACUAUAUGCCAUAUAAAGACUUGGAAACAACCCUCUACUAUAUUCCUUACUAACAUGCUGAUAUCUAACCUCCUGAUUGUCCUCUUUGUGAUGCCUUUUGCAAUACUUACUUGUUCCAGUGGCCAGUGGUUACUAGGGAAGACAGUGUCUGAAAAGGAAGCAACCUGUAAAGCUAAUGCAUACACUAAUAUGUCCAUAUACAUCAUAGCAACACUGAGUCUGGUACUACUCUCCUUUGAUAGAUACUUCUUCAUAGUAAAGUCCUUUGCUUAUCAAAAACACAUGACAUCCAAUAAAGCAGUUAUAAUCAUCAUCAUAUCUUGGAUAUUAGGACCAGCCCUCUGUACUCCUCCAUUGUAUGGGCUGGGAACGACUGAGUUCUCAAACAGUUUUGGUAUCUGCAUACCUACCUUUAACAAAGAACCAGGCCUUGCUAUAUACAUACUAGCAAUGACCCUCACUUUUAUCGCAGUUGCUCUGAUUGGACCUUUCCUUCCCCUACCCCAACAGCUUUAUGCAGCUACUUGUGUCCUGAUCUUUAUGAUUACAAUCCUCAUUCCACUGGCUCAAGUCUACUUCAGGUGUGAAAUAUUCUUUUUGUGGUUGUUCUAG